AUGUACACAAUAUCGUGGAUCUCUGUGAAAGGCGGAUGCUCAGAACACGGAACCCUCGUCGAUUCGCAACACAUUCCGUCCCGAGAACUUGAAGCAGAGAUAUGGAAUCCGACAAUAGUGCUCAAGUUUCUGAUACUCUUCGAGGUUAUCAUCAGGAUCCGACUGAAUGGGUGGAGAAGGAGAAUAAGGUGAGGGAUCCGUUAAAGUUCGAACAUUUCCAGACAGAAUUCGCAACAAUCAACUCUGAAAAUAGUCGCUCGUGUCACCAAUCGAUUGAAUUUGGGCCUGGAUUUCGAUGUAACUGUCAAGAAAGUAGAUUGGAACUUUCAGAUUACAGGGGAACUCGUAA